AGGAGGCGGAGGGGGCGGAGGGAGCGUGGAUGGCGGGCGCUGCGCCCCCGCCCGGCCCGCGCGCGCCGCCUCCGCCUCCGCCAUUGCUGCGCGCGGGAGCAGCGGACGCGGAGCGAGGCUCGAGCGCGCCCGAAGCCCAGACCUGCGGAGCGCGCGUGCGGCGGCAGCCUCGGGUCCCCUGGAACCAUGGUGAAGUUGGGGAACAAUUUCGCGGAGAAGGGCACCAAGCAGCCGCUGCUGGAGGAUGGGUUCGACACUAUUCCCCUGAUGACACCCCUCGAUGUCAAUCAGCUGCAGUUCCCGCCCCCGGAUAAGGUGGUCGUGAAGACGAAGACUGAAUAUGAACCUGAGCGCAAGAAAGGCAAAGGCCGUGCCCCCAAGAUCGCGGAGUUCACCGUCAGCAUCACCGAGGGCGUCACUGAGAGGUUUAAGGUCUCGGUGCUGGUCCUGUUUGCCCUGGCCUUCCUCACCUGCGUCGUCUUCCUGGUGGUCUACAAGGUGUACAAGUAUGACCGCGCCUGCCCUGAUGGGUUCGUCCUCAAGAACACCCAGUGCAUCCCAGAGGGCUUGGAGAGCUACUACGCGGAGCAAGACUCCAGUGCCCGGGAGAAGUUUUACACCGUCAUCAACCACUACAACCUGGCCAAGCAGAGCAUCACCCGCUCUGUGUCGCCCUGGAUGUCCGUGCUGUCGGAGGAGAAGCUGUCGGAGCAGGAAACGGAAGCAGCAGAGAAGUCGGCUUAGCGAGAGGGGCAGGUUCCUUACAAUGUGUCACUGGAAGGGAAUGAAGGGACUUUGAGGGACAUUUCAUUAAAUAUAAUUCCUGGCAAUGUAGAGGUUACUCAUUUACGGUGCAAUUGCUUCUGUUUGCUAAUGCUGCUUUGCAAAUAAAACUCGCUGCUGGCCACCCAUGGGCCUAACACCAAGCGCACGUCAGCACUGCUUUAGAGCUCUUGACACCUCCCCGUGGUCACUUCUUCAUGCCGCUCCUCCACCGGCUCAGUGCUGUCUACACCUAGACGCUCGCUGGCUGCCUCGGGAGUUUGGACUUCAGAGAAAUACUGCACCGGGUGGGGUGUUUUAAAGCCACCUUGCUCUCGCAAACCUUACUCUAUAGCCAUACCUGGGGUGACCUCUCGCUCUGCUAAGGGGCAGCCCGAGUGUCUGUGUCUGCCUACCCGAGCCGGUGCCAGGGCUGGCUGCCAUGGUGAGAGGUGCAGGGCAGGAGGAGGGGCAGCUCCACUCCUCUGCCUUCUGUGCCCCUCGGCGCUGGGGUCUUAGCACCUCUGGGUGCCCUCUGGCAAUCGCAUCUUGACAAAAGGGGCGCCACUGUGUGGAGAUGGCAAGGUUCUCUGCAGAGUGCAAGGAGGGUUGGGUAGGAGUCGGCCUGGGACCAAGGUAGCAGAGCUGUCUGUGUCAAGCAUGGGGAGGGAGGCACUGGUCACCUUGGGUGGGAACACAUCUGCUCACACAGACCUGCGGGCAAGUUCUAAGGAAAGUUGGGGGUCUUUUGGGCUUUGUUCUGUGACAGGGAGGGCCAGAGAGAGGGGCGGGCCACCCUGCAGACAGGACGCUGGCCCUGCCCCUUUGUACUGUUUCAGUGUGACGCUUGACAUUAACUGUUUACAGCUGCCAGUUAGAGAAACUGUGUACUACCAUUAAACAGAAGAAUGACA